AUGGCUGCCACGGAGACCCACGAUGCAUUCAAGCCGUAUGAUCAGUUGCUUCUCUUCGGAGACUCCAUCACACAGAUGGCCUGCAACCAAGAGCUAGGUUUCGCAUUUCAUGCCGCACUUCAAGAAUCCUACAGUCGCAGAUUGGACGUUGUCAACCGCGGUCUCGCUGGAUAUACAACUGCCCAUGCUGUCAAGGUCUUUGAUAAGUUCUUCCCUUCACCGCAGACCGCCAAUGUGCGGUUCAUGACUAUCUUCUUUGGUGCCAAUGAUGCAUGCGUUCCCGCCCACGACCAGCAUGUGCCCCUGGAUCAAUACAAAGAGAACCUGAAGACGAUUAUUCAGCACCCAGCGACACGCGCCCAAAACCCGCGACUGAUUUUGAUUAGUCCACCUCCCGUGAAUGAAUAUCAAAUGGAGAAAUUUGACGCUGAAAAGGGAUGUCCGUUCCCAAGCAGAACCGCCAGUAACACGAAGUCCUAUGCAGCGGCUGCGUGCGAAGUUGGCACUGCGCUCAAUAUCCCGGUGGUAGAUUUAUGGUCUGCCUUCAUGAAGACCACUGGCUGGAAGGAGGGAGAACCUCUGAUUGGGAGUCGUGAUGCGCCGGACAAUGAGAAAUUGUCGAGUCUUCUUACUGAUGGUCUGCAUCUCACUCCCUCUGGUAACCGCAUUGUCUACGAUGAACUUAUGAAGGUGAUUGAGGCCAACUGGCCCGAUCAGACUCCCGAGGCUCUUCCAAUGGUGUUCCCCUCUUGGGUCGAGGCACCGAAAUGA